AUGGAGGGUUUCAGGAGGAAGCUGGGCCUGCUGCUGUCUCACCUCUGGCCCACAGACAGUGUGUACCUGCAGGGGCGUGUCUUGCUGUGUGUUGGCCUGCUGCUCACAGAGAGACUCAUCAACGUGCUGGUCCCCAUUUACUCCAAGAACAUUGUCAACGAGUUGUCUACGGGAGCUGGUUGGACAUCGCUGGUCUCCACCGUGUGUCUCUACACGCUCCUCAAGUUCCUCCAGGGAGGAGGGGCAGGUACAUCAGGUUUUGUCAGUGAUGUGCGUCACUUCCUGUGGAUCAAGGUGCAGCAGCACACCAGCAGGCUGGUUCAGGUGCGUUUGUUUUCUCACCUGCAUGGUCUGUCUCUUCACUGGCACCUGGACAGACGCACCGGUGAGGUCCUGAGGAGCGUCGAGCGAGGAACCUCCUCCAUCAACAACCUGCUGAGUUACAUCCUGUUCAGUGUGGUUCCUACCAUAUGUGACAUCAUCAUUGCCAUCAUCUAUUUUGUGUCGUACUUCAGUUCCUGGUUCGGACUCAUUGUUCUCACUUGCAUGGCCCUCUACCUCACCUCCACCGUCCUCAUCACAGAGUGGAGGGUGAAGUACCGCAGAGAGAUGAACACAGAGGAGAACAACACCAAGUCCCGAGCCAUCGACUCUCUGCUCAACUUCGAGACGGUGAAAUAUUACAAUGCUGAGGACUACGAGACACGCUGCUUUGAGGAGGCCAUUCUAAAAUAUCAGGUGAGUGAGUGGAGAAGCAGUGCCUCUCUGGUUUUGUUAAACCAGACUCAGAACAUCAUCAUUGGAUCAGGACUGCUGGCUGGCUCUCUGCUCUGUGCUCACCUGGUCGCUGACGGACAUUUCCAGGUUGGUGACUAUGUUCUGUUUGGGACCUACAUCAUCCAGCUGUACACUCCUCUGAACUGGUUUGGCACCUACUACAGGUUGAUCCAGAGUUCAUUUGUGGACAUGGAGAACAUGUUGAGUCUGCUGACAGAAGACAGAGAGGUCCAGGAUUGUGCAGAAGCAAGGGAUCUGGUUUUUGCAUCAGGCCGGGUGGAGUUUGACCGGGUCAGUUUCAGCUUCGUCCCCGGGACGGAGGUGUUAAAGGAGCUGUCGUUCACUGUGGAGCCGGGUCAGACGGUGGCGUUGGUGGGUCAGUCUGGGUCAGGGAAGAGUACAAUUCUGCGUUUGUUGUUCCGACUUUACGACCCUCAGAAGGGCUGCAUCUGUAUUGACCAGCAGGACAUCUCCAAGGUGUGUCAGUCAUCUUUGCGGUCAGUUAUCGGCGUGGUUCCUCAGGAUACGGUUCUCUUUAAUGACACCGUUGCCAACAACAUCCGCUACGGCCGUGUAACUGCCAGCAACCAGGAAGUGCAAAUGGCCGCCAGAGCUGCUGACAUACAUGCCCGAAUACUGGAACUACCUCAAGGUUAUGACACAGAGGUGGGCGAGCGAGGUCUGAAGCUCAGCGGGGGAGAGAAACAGAGAGUGGCCAUCGCUCGGACCAUCCUCAAAGAGCCGCGCAUCAUUCUGCUGGAUGAGGCCACCUCAUCGCUGGACAGCCAGACUGAGAGGAACAUCCAGACCUCGCUGGCCACAGUCUGGAACAACAGGACCACCAUAGUGGUAGCACACAGGUUGUCGUCUAUCGUGGGAGCAGAUCAGAUCCUGGUGCUUCAUGAUGGACACAUUGCUGAGAAAGGAAGGCACGAGGAGCUUCUGAUCCAGGAAGGUCUCUAUGCUGCCAUGUGGCAGAAGCAGCAAGAGAAGCUGGAGAGCCACAAAGACAGACACAUAGACUGACUGACUGACAGACAGACAGACACUGAAUGACUGGCAGACAGACAGACAAGACAGGCAGGCAGGCAGGCAGACUAACUGACUGACAGACAGACAUGACAGACAGACAGAUGACAGACAGACACCAAAUGACUGACAGACAGACAGACUGACUGACUGACAGACAGGCAGGCAAGAGACAGACAGAGAGGUGUGUGUUCUCUACAGACAUGAUGGACGGAGGUGUGACAGACAUCAACUCGUUGGACACUUGGACAGUCUGUGA